AUGCCUUUUAGCACCAUACGACUGACUCACAAUUGUCAACUGAUCGCAUUCUCGACAAUGCCCGGAAGUGGUUCAACGGCUUUCUCCGCGCUGAUUCAAUCCUCUGAUCCAACCACUCGUAACAUACUUGUGCUCAGUGAGAUGGAUGCGCUCAGUGCGAUUGCUGUUCAUUUGGCUGACUUCUCGUGGACACUUCAAAAAAUUCGAUCACUGCUCCUUGCUUCACUACGUUUCAUCACUAAAGAUCAACUCCCGGAUCAAAUGAUUAUCCUCAAAAUGAGGUUCUUCGAUUUCGUUUCGAUAUAUCUAUCGCUUCGUUUCAUUUCUUUCAAAACUUUGCCAUUGUUUUCUCGCUUCUCAAUGAUUUCAUCACAGAAAACAUGGAAAUAG